AUGUCAAGUAUUGAAAACAAUACGCGUAGCAGAGUCGCCAAGGCACGUCGAACGUGUCGACUAAGGAAAGUGAGAUGCUCAGGGACGGUCCCAUGUCGGAGCUGCACAGCUCGGAACCAACAGUGCAUUUUCGAGGAAACCGAUCGCAAGGUCGUUAUCUCAGAGAGACAUUUGCGAGACCUCCAGCGCCGAGCUUCUGCUUCAAAUGCACAUAACCAGGAACAGACCACACAUCUACCAAGAACAAGCGACAGCUACUCACCGGCGCAUCUAGCAGACGACGAAGAGAUUCCAGAGGGUAUUGAUAAUGUUGAUAACCACCCGUCUACUUUGUCUCAAAACGAACCCCCCACUUCCCCGAUUAUUCCCACCGGGCCAUGGAGAGGAAUGAAUGCAAUCAGCCGGGCAUCUACAUGGGCAUUUGUCAGAAAGGCCCUCUCUAUUCAGGGUCUACAGUAUCAGAGGCGACAUAUACGCCUGCCCCCGAGAGCCUCGUAUGGUAUUGCAUUGUGUACAGACCCAGCCCUAUGGAACGCUUCUGAUAUAGCCUGCCUGCCACGGUCAGAAUAUAUUGCUCACCUUGCCCGGACUGCAGACUUUCACCUCAACACAAGUCUCUUUCUCUUUGAUGUCUCAAUAUUCUUGAAGAAUCUUCGUGAUGAUACGACGCCCGAUCGCACGGAGCCGCAUGCGGGCUCCAAUGUUUGGUUUGCGCAGGUAUUCAUCGUAAUUGCACUUGGCAAGCUCUUCCUAGUGAACAGAGCGUCCAGUCUUGGACCUCCAGGAACAAAUGAAUUUGUACAAAGCAUGAAGCUGCUUCCACUUUCUCCCACCCUGACAGAUCAGGGAAGCCAGGUGAUGUUCAUUGAGACUUUGUGUCUCCUGUCGGUUUAUGCCCAAGCAGCCGAUCUACAUGGCACCGCAUAUAUUUAUGGAGGUUUUUAUACAUUGUUCCAUCUGAUCUGCGCUAACAUGGGUGUAGACUGGCCAAGCUUCUAG